UGGUCUGACUCUGUAGUCUGUUACUCUGUUGUUUGUUAUUGUUUGUGUGGUUAGAAUCAUUUAGAAUUUACUUAAAAAUACUAUAUCUUCUAGUCUACUGCAGUGCAGUUGGAGUCUGGAAAAAAGUUUUCUAGUAAUGUCGCAAAAUUCUGAGAAACCAAUGUCUAACCAAGAUGUUGUUGAUCCCACUGGUCCAGCAGCACGUAAAGGUGUGCUAAUAUCCUUUAGAACAGGCAAAUCAAUGGAGAUUCCCGAAAAAGAUAUAUUAGGACGAUGCAGAUUUGUUGGGGAAUUCGAGAAGUUGAACCGAAUUGGAGAGGGCACUUACGGAAUCGUAUAUAGAGCAAAAGACAAACUAAAUGGCAACAUAGUGGCUUUAAAGAAAGUCAGAAUGGAUGUUGAGAAGGAUGGAUUGCCUUUGAGUGGCCUGCGUGAGAUCCAAGUAUUGAUGGCGUGCAGACAUGAAAACAUUGUGCAACUUAAAGAAGUCCUUGUUGGAAGGUCACUGGAAAGUAUCUUCUUAUCGAUGGAGUACUGUGAACAAGAUCUAGCAUCAUUGCUUGACAACAUGACAUCGCCUUUCACCGAGUCACAGGUCAAAUGCUUGAUGCUGCAAGUACUGAAGGGUUUGAAAUACCUGCACUCUAAUUUUAUAGUGCACAGAGAUCUUAAGGUCUCCAAUCUGCUGCUCACAGAUAAAGGAUGUGUGAAGAUAGCUGACUUUGGCUUAGCCCGUUGGCUUGGCGCCCCGGCCCGUUGCGCCACCCCGCGCGUCGUCACCCUAUGGUACAGGGCACCGGAGCUACUCCUGCAGUCGCCCAAACAGACGCCAGCGUUGGACAUGUGGGCCGCUGGAUGCAUUCUCGGUGAACUGUUGGCCAACAAACCCUUGCUUCCCGGCAGGACGGAGAUCGAACAGCUGGAACUUAUUGUUGAUCUACUUGGUACACCAUCAGACGCGAUCUGGCCCGAGUUCAGUUCUCUGCCAGCCUUACAAAAUUUCACGCUGAAGCAACAGCCGUACAACAAUCUAAAGCAGCGCUUCCCGUGGCUGUCGGCGGCGGGCUUGCGUCUGCUCAACUUCCUGUUCAUGUACGACCCGAACAAGAGAGCCACCGCCGAAGAAUGCCUGCAGAGCUCCUAUUUCAAGGAACAACCACUGCCUUGCGACCCGAAGCUUAUGCCAAGCUUCCCUCAACACAGAAAUAUGAAGGGCCAGCAGAAAAGUUCGUCGAAUCAGCUAAAUAUACCGCUUUCCAAUUUGAACACAGGAGCGAACGAUCAGACCAACAACUUGCCAGCUAUAUCUGACUUACUAGGAUCUCUAGUUAAGAAGCGAAGGCUUGAUUAAAAUAUUGACAUUAAAAAUUGAAUAUGUAUUAAGUAUUGUAAUGAUUUAAGAUCUACUAUUAAAUUUUAAACCUGAAACAAUCACAACGUGCGACAGAAGUGUGCCCAACAAUGUUGUCCUUAAGUUUAAUUAAAGAACGAAGGUUAUAAUAGACCUGUGCUUCUUCAGUCACGUGCUGUUUUAUCUGUAUGACGCAUUUAAGCCGCACUAAACAGGUCUAACGGCGAAAUUCAAAUUUAAUUUGGUUUUUCGCAAUUUGUAAAUUAAUACGACAAAGUAGGCUUAUGACAUUCUAAUUCCGCUUAUCAUCAUCCUAUCGUAUCAUCCUCACAGGAUAACAUAAAAAUCUUUACUUGAAAUGGUUCAGUUUAGGAAAUUAGUCAAAAAAAUGAGUUUGACAUGAGUUACUCACAAAUUAGUCGAUACUAUAACUAAUUUCUUAAACUGAACCCUUUCAAGUAAAGAUUUUUAUAUAAACUUGUCAUAUUAGUUUACUAAUUGCAAAAAACCAGAUUAAAUUUUAAUUUCGCGGGCAGACGUGCACGUUAAUAGAAUUCUUUUUAUUUCAAAGAAAAAUGUAGGUACACACGUAUGCGAGCGUUCAAUGUGACGUGAGAGACGUUUCCGUGUUUGUGUGACUUUGAUAAUAAUAAUCGAUUCAAACGUCUUGAAUUGACUCGAAGUAAUAGUUGAUGGUAGGUCUGUAAUUUUAGUUUAAUAUAAGAUUGAAAUAAAAAAAUAUGUUGAA